UUUCUGCCUCUGGGAGGAGGAGCAAAGACUAGAACAGAGACUUUCAAGUCCUAACAUAUAGUCCUAUAGCAACUGUGUGCAAAGUCUGCGCCCAUGUCUCCUGGGACUAGGAGCUCCUCCUGGCACCACGCACUAUGAGAAGGAACCAGGUAUCUGCUAUGGGAUGGACCAGGAAGAGGAGAACAAAUAUGUGUCCCAGCUUCAAGAGGUUUUCAACAGCUGUGACACAACGGGCACUGGAUACCUGGACAAAGAGGAGCUGACAGACCUUUGUCACAAACUCCAUCUAGAAACUCAACUCCCUCUUCUUCUGCAAACCCUCCUAGGAAAUGACCUGCUUUCCAGGGUCAAUUUUGAAGAGUUUAAAGAAGGAUUUGUGGCUGUCCUGUCAUCAACUAUUGACAUAAGUAUUUCUGAUGAUGAUGAGAGUAGUUAUUUAGAGCCUGUGAUCCCUGAGGAAGUCCAACCUAAAUUUGUGAAAGGGAACAAGAGAUAUGGCCGACAUACACAUCCUGAGCGUGAAGCUGUUGAAAAUGAGGCCAACAAAUAUUUGCAGGACAAGGACCAGAGGAAAAAUCAGCUGAGACGGUCGUCCUCAUUGGAGAGUGUAGAGGUGGGAAUGAGCCUCAAGUCUGAUGAAGAAGCAGAAAUCGUCAAGGAGCCUCAGAUCGAAAACUUUGAAGCACAAGGGCAGCUGAGGACAUGGAAUCCAGGAUUUUUUGACAGUCCCAGAAGAAUUUCAAAUGCUCAUUCUGAUAUGACUGAAAACCAGGUGCGGGACAUCUGGGAGCAGCUAGGUGUAGGCCACAAUGGCUACCUCAACAGGCAAGAGCUUGCCACCGUGUGUAAGAACAUUGGACUUGAAGAUCUCUGUGAUGAGGAACUUGAAGACUUAUUUAAUAAGUUGGACAGAGAUGGAGACGGCAGAGUAAGCUUCCAGGAGUUUGAGGUGGGCUUGUUCAGCCACGCGCCUGUACCUAGUGCCUCCACCCCACUCAAGAAGAGACAUGCACUUUACCAGCAGGUAGAAGAGAAUAGCCAUAACACAGCCUCGCAGUCUCUGCUGUCUGGAUAUGGAGGCUUUCAUCUUUUCUCCAGCAUUGAUGAUGGGACAGGUUUUGGAAACCCAGAGCAGAUCAUGAUCAUAUGGGAGGAGGAAGGGAUUCAAGACAGCAAAGAUAUUUUAAUGAGCCUGGAUUUUAAUGUAGAAGAAUAUGUGAACCUUUUGGAGCUCACCACCGCCUUAGACAAUGAAUUAAUUGCAACAAAAAACCGAAUCUAUCUUGCUGCCUUGGCAUCGUACAAGCAUGAGUUACAUCACCAGCACAGCCAAAUUGAACAGGUAACUAAAGAGAGAGACAAAGUUAAACAGGAUCUGGAUAGAGCGGAAAAGAGGAACCUACAGCUGGCUGAUGAGGUGGAUGACCAUAACUCUGUGAUGGAGAGUCUCAAUGAGAGCAAGAUCAAGGAUUUGGAGCAGGAGUACAAGCAGCGCCUUUCCACAGUACGCACAGAACUGGAAACGGAGAAAGAUCAUUUUCUGCAACAGUAUGAACAACAAAAGAAAAAGCUGGAGACGGAUCUUGCUAAUUUCCAGAUGGAAGAAGCCUAUCUGAGGGAAAAACUGAACUUGUCUAUAAAGGAGAACAGCAGGUUACAAAAGGAAAUGGUCGAGAUUGUUGGAAAACUGUCAGAAUCGGAGCAUCAGGUGAUAAAACUACAAACAAGCAUAGAUAACAUCCUGAAGGAAAAGAGACUGGCCGAUCCUCAAAGCGCAGAGCUAUUUACUCAGGAGGAGAAAUUUGCAGAGAUCAUCAGGCAGUAUGAAAUACAAUGCCGGGAAUUACGGGACCGGAAUGAUGAGCUUCAGAUGCAAUUGGAAACUCUUCAAUCCCAGCUCAGUGAGAGCAGAUAUUCUCGGUUAUUGGCCAAGAUGAAAGACAACAAACUGUUGCACCAUAAGGCGAAGGAUAAGAUUGAUGAUGGCCAUAAAACUGCUGCAAAGAAAGGCAUAUCCUUGAAGCCCAGAAGAAGUGCCUCAACCGCAGGUUCCUGUGAGCUUCCAGCUUCCCCUAUGAACAUGGAAGUUGAGCUGACAAAGCAUCAAGUAAAAGAACUGCAGCAAGAAAUCCAGGACCUCAAAAUACAACUUGAAACUAAGGUGAUCUAUUAUGAACGGGAGCUUGAACUAAUGAAAACAAACUUUGAAAAAGAGAGAAAAGACACUGAGCAGAACUUCAAAUUAGAAAUCAGUGAGCUUGAGGAGCAGAAGGCAGACCUUGAGGAACUCAAUGUGAAGUAUCAAGAAGUCAUAGACAGCUUGAGAGAACAACUCCCCAAAUCUGGCCACAUCCAAGAAAUGGAGAAAAAGUUUGAAAAGGAGAGAGCUGCAAUGGAAGAGUAUUAUGCCAAAGAAAUUUCGUCACUGGCCCAAAGGCUGACCAAAGAGAAGGACCAGCUAGAGGAGGAUCUGAGGAGGACACACCAGCAUGAAGUGCAUUCAGUGAGGCAAGAGACAGAAGAUGAAGUUAUUGAGAAACUCGCACAAAUUGAAGCAAAAUACACACAACGUUGCCAGUAUUUAAUGCAGCAGCACCUCAAUGAAAAAAACGAGCUCCUGAGAAAGCACGACUUGAAGAAAAAUGCCCUAAUCCAAGAGCACAUCCGUGAGAUGACCCAGUGGGAAGAAAGAGAGAAGACCCUAAUGGCCCAGUGGAAAAAAGAUCAGCUAAGAGUAUUGGAAAAACAAAAUGAGGACCAAGUUGACAUCUGCAAAUCAUUUGCUAUUGAAAAGGAAAGAGUAGAAACCCACUAUAGAGAUCACAUUAAUGGGCUCAAUCAGGAAAUCGAGGGUUUAAAUGCCCUGUUGAUGAAAGCUAAAAAUUCUUGUGUUAUUCUGAGAAAACAGCAACAGUCAGUAGAGAAAGGACCUCCUUGUGUUGAGGUGACUACAGCCAAUCGAAACCAGCAAGUGCAUCCUCUAUUUUCUGUGAAUGAUGAGGCGGAUACAGUACAACUCGUAUGUGACGUACAUCACCUUCAGGAAAAUACGUCAUUGACGCGUAGCAUGGAUGACGAACCCUCCAGUGAACGUGUCGCAGAAAGGCACAAGAGGUCUCCCUGUGCUCAGAAGAAGAAGGUUUCUUUUUCUAUAGACAUGGCUGAAGGACGAUCUUUAAAUGAGGCAGAGGAGAACACAUUGAUAAAUCUAAAAGAGACAGAGGGCUUGGUAACCUCUCUAACAGCCCAGCUGCAAGAGCAGACAAAGACUCAACAGACCCUUAUGAAAGAGAAAGAAAGCUUUGAAGGAGAAAAAGAACAUCUAAGCAGCUUGUUGGAAACUAGGACAGAUAAAUGCAAGCUUUCUGAGGACAUGGCAAAAGAAUUAGUUUCUCAGUUGCAGGAAAGCCGAGAACGAGUGCAGAAGCUAGAAUCAAUGCUUCAGUUGCUUGGUAUUGAGAAAAAAGAACUGGAGACACAGGAGGCAGCGCUUGCUGGCAACGUUGACUUGGAUUAUAAGCUAAAAUUAUUGAGAGGAGAGGAAGUAGUUAUGGCAGCCCAGCAAGAUUUGGCUGGAAAUGACGUGAUUAAAAAUGUGUACCAGUCCCCCACCAGAAUGGUCACUGUUGAAGAUCUUGUAGCCAAAAAUACUGUGUUACUCCAACAGCUUAGCAAUAAUGAAGAGCAAGUGAGUAUCUUGCAGAGGCAAAUUGGAGAGACUGUAAGUAAGUGUCAGCAGAUGGAAGAAUGGGCAACCAAGCAGGUCCAAGAAGCCAGGGAAGAACUGGAGAGUGAGAAGAACUUUGUGAAAGACAGGUUGUUCGAGCUGGAAGACUUGGUACGAAGACUAGAACAACAGACUUCCGCUUGUCAGGAUGACAGGAUGGAGCUGGACAGAUUGUCUGAUGAUAACACCUUCCUCAGGAAUAAAGUGGAGAGAUUCCAGCAAGAAAUAUUGAAUCUGGAGGAUUUGAAUAAGAAGUACAGAAUCCAGAUUGAGGAUUUCGGUAGAGACACUGAUGAAGCACAUGGAGAACUGGAAGACAUAAACAAGCAGAACCAGGAAUACCAGGAUGAGCUGUGCCGGUUAAAUACACAGCACCAGGAGGCAAUCCAUAAUCUGGACAUGAAACUGGAGGAGAUCUCCGGGCAAAAGGAUGAAGCCAACUCUGCCCUGGUUAAGCUGCAAGAUGCUAUAAAUGGUCUGGAGGAGGAAAAGCUCCAACAAGAGUUAUCUUGGCAAAAAGAAAGAGAACACUUGGAACAUGAACUGCAAAUAACAAAGCAAGAGAAUGAAAAGUACUGGGAUGAGCUGUGCCAGGUGAAUGCUCAGAGCCUCCAGUUGACGAGCACAGUGUCCGACCUGAGUUCUCAGAGAGAAACGAGUUAUGAGACCAUCCAAGAACUGAACGCCAGACUGAGCGAGCUCUCCGUUGAAAAGCAUGAAUCUGCCACCCAGAUUGAAGAACUACAGGCAAAGCUCAAUGUCCUGGAGAAAGAGGGCCAUCACAGCCAGUCUGAAUGGCAGAAGAAAAAAGCAGAGCUUCAAAAUGAGCUGCAGAUAGCUCACCAGGAGAGGGACAAAACCCAGAAUGAAUUAUUACAGUUGAAUUGUGCAGUAUCAGAUCUAAAGGCACAGAAUGAUGCUCACCAGGAGGUUGUCCAGCAGAUGGAGGGCAGGUUGAGAGAAAUCACCCAACAGAAGGAGGAGGUUACAGAAUCGAUGGAGAAGCUCCAGGUCCAACUCUGUUCUGUACAGAGAGAGAAGGUCCAACAGGAAGCUAACUGGCAACAGAUCAGAGAGAGACUGGAACAUGACCUGCAAUUAUAUAAAAGCAAGAUUGAAAAUCUGAUUCUUAAGCACAAGCAGGAACGACAAGAUCUUCUCAGUGGACUGGAUGAGACUAACAAGCAGCUUUUAGUUAUGGCAACCCUUCAGGAAGAAAUAUCAUCAUUAAAACAAGUGAAGGAAUCUUUGGAGGAUCAGUGCCAGUCGGUUACCAAACUACUUAAAGAAACCACUGAGCAGGAGAGUCAGAUAGAUGAGCUGAAGUGUGAAUUAAAACAAGCUCAGGAGGAAUGCAAGAAUUGGAAGAGGAGCCAUGAUCAGCUAAGGUCGGAGCUGGAUGAAUCUCACGAUAAGCUAUUAGAUUCCAGCAGCAAGCUGAUCCUUGUACAGUCUCAGCAUAUGCGAGAGGUCCAACAACUGAAGGAGAAGCUGUACGGCACUGCGCCCAAGGAUCAGGUUGCGCAGUUACAGAACCAGCUUUUAGAAGAACAGCAGAGAGCCCAGCAGCUUCAGGAGAGGAUGAGGUUUCACGCCGAACAGACCAACCGUCAACUGGCCAUGCAACAGGAGGAACAUGAGAAGCUUCUCCAUAGGAUGGAAGAGCGAAUGCAAGAUGUGGAAAUGAAUCUGAAAAAUGUCCGCGUAAUGUUGCAAGAAAAAGUUGACCAGUUGAAUGAUCAGCUGGAGAAGAACGCUAAAUCGGACAUGCUCCUGAAGGAUCUGUAUGUGGAGAAUGCUCAGCUGAUGAAGGCGCUGCAGGUGACAGAACAGCGGCAGAAAAGCGCAGAGAAGAAGAACUACUUCCUGGAGGAGAAGAUUGCAGCAUUAAACAAAGUGGUGAAGAAAAUUGCCCCUGCCUCUCUGGCGGUCUGAUACCGGAU